UCUCGUUUAAUCGGCCUGGCUACGGCACGCCACAGCUCCUGACAAGUCAGUCAGGGCACACUGCGAGGCUGGAGCCUGCGGAUGUUAAUGCUUCCAACGUCACGGUCUGACCGGCUGCCUUCCAGCACGGAGCAGCACGGGGCAUGGCCACCAGCGCGCCCCCGUGCGCUCCUCAGCUACCGAGCCCGACACGCACAAAAGCAUCCUGAAAAUAACGAGUGGGGGAGAGGCAGCUUCCUAAUCUACGCAGCAAAAGUCCGAUUUGUGAAUGAUUUCCUCCAGGGGUUGAGGGCUUGAUGCAAAUGAGCACAAAGGAAGUUGUCAGCAGCACCAUGCGCUGGCCAAUCGCAGGGAAGCUCCAUCUUAGCUGUGCCAUAGGCUGCAUUAAAACAGGGAACGGCACGGCGCUCUUUCAGCAUCCUUUCAGACAAGAGCCCCCAAAUCUGUGACAGGGAAUACGUUAAGGCAACUCUGCGAGAAUGGCAACCCUCAACACCACUCAGUGGAACGAGACCACAUCCAUUUACCAGUACCUGGGCUUCCAAGUGCAAAAAAUUUACCCCUUCCACGAUAACUGGAACACUGCCUGCUUUGUUAUUCUGAUCAUAUUCAUCUUUACUGUCGUCUCUCUGGUGGUGCUGGCAUUCCUCUACGAACUGCUAGACUGUUGCUGCUGUGUGAAAAACAAAACUAUGAAGGACUUGGAGAACGAACCCAACCCUGUUAGAGCGAUGAUGAACAGCUUCAGAAAGCGUGAAACAGAGGUGGUGUAGGAAGGACUGAUCAUCAGCACUCGAACAACAUUUAACACUUUGAACAAAUCCUCUUGUACCUUACCAACGAGCAAGUCCCAUGUGUUUUUUUUUUUUUUUUUUUUUUGUUUCGUUUGGACUUAAAUGUAAUAGCAGCAGUUCCCAUUUUAUCUCUGGAUGUGAACUUGAAUAAUUAGCAAAGGCUUUCUGAGUGCUUAGCAAAAGGAUGAUCUGUUGCAAUGUUAUGGUGGAAGAAAAAUUCUUUGUUUUUAAAUGCAUUUCUGUUGUUCAUAUUGAGUUACUAGAGUAGAUCCUUGUCUACCUGAACGAACAAACACUGCUUAACAUGCCUAAAGCGAUGUUGCUUAACUGGAAAAAAAAUGCUUAUAGAAAUGCUCAGCAAUGUGAUCAUACAGAGCACAACGGCACAGCACUGGCCUCCCACUGAGGUCAGCCAUGCAGGGACAAGACAGACAUAUAAGGGAUGAGGGGAAGAAAGAUAGGAGACGGCAGGGUUUCAAGGCAAGAGAGCCCAUGAGACAGGGGAGCUCGUGUGAGUUCUUGCCUUCAGCAGCUCUUACUACAGGUUCCUUGCUCUAA